CCUGUCCCCUCAUGGGGCUAUAAGACCUCUGUGGGAAGAGGAGGGGCUCUCAUUCCACCUUGGACGUAAUCUCGGCAACAUGAAGUGUCUCCUGAUGUUCCUGGCAGUGACUGCCAUCGCCAUAGGUCAAGCUCAAGCCCUCCAGUGUCAUGUCUGUGAAAGCGCUGACAAUUGCAAGAAAGCAACCUAUUGUCCCAAUUCUUCUCAGUAUUGCAAAACAACUCUCAUCUACCAGCGAUUGGCAGGGAACCUGGUGAAGAAGGAAUGUGCUGAAUACUGUUCUCCACAGAAUAGCAAUGCAGGGCAGACCCAGCCUCAGGUCCGGUGCUGUACCACAGACCUGUGCAAUGUUGGAAUUGAGAACUCAGCUCCUGUACACACGUUGCUCAGCCAUGCUGUCCUGGCCCUCAGCCUUAUCCUGGCUCUGGUCUCUGCUCUCAGUCUGUAAACUUUGGGACCCUUAGCCAGGCCACAACCCACCC